CGUUGUAUUGAAAUAAUGUGUUUCUUUUCUCUCUCCCCUCUGCCUCUUUACGAAGGAGUCAGUCACUGCCAACACAAAGCUAAGAAAGCUAGGCGCUUCCUCCCCCUGGUGUUCUGCUCCCACGAGGCGCCUUCUGCGGAUGAAAUUAGUGGGGACGAGACCGACGACUACGCCGAGAUCAUCGACGAGGAGGACACGUACACCAUGCCCUCGAAAAGCUAUGGAAUAGAUGAAGCCAGGGAUUAUGAGAUCCAGAGGGAAAGGAUAGAACUCGGACGCUGUAUCGGCGAAGGCCAGUUUGGAGAUGUGCACCAGGGCGUGUACAUGAGCCCAGAGAACCCGGCUCUGGCGGUCGCAAUUAAAACGUGUAAGAACUGUACUUCGGACAGCGUGAGAGAAAAGUUCCUUCAAGAAGCCUUAACGAUGCGCCAGUUUGACCACCCACACAUCGUGAAGCUGAUCGGAGUCAUCACGGAGAACCCCGUCUGGAUCAUCAUGGAGCUGUGCACGCUCGGAGAGCUGAGAUCAUUUUUGCAAGUGAGGAAGUACAGCUUGGACCUGGCCUCCCUGAUCCUGUAUGCCUAUCAGCUCAGUACCGCUCUGGCCUACCUGGAGAGCAAGAGAUUCGUGCACAGGGACAUUGCUGCUCGAAAUGUUCUGGUGUCCUCAAACGACUGUGUAAAGCUAGGAGACUUCGGACUGUCCCGGUACAUGGAAGACAGCACCUACUACAAAGGUGAGCCGUCAGCGGCAGGCACGAGGGCGCAGGUAGCCGAGUGCUUUGCGUUUCUUAAAAAGGGACGUCUGAUGUUCACGGGUGACCGCGGACAGGGGCGCGCGAGCCGGCCCCUGGAGCGAGGACUGCCUGGACCUCCUCCUCGCCAGCGGACGGCGGGGACGCGAGCUAACCGCAGCCGAAAGCUCAUCGCACGUCAGCUGCCCGUGGAUCUGUGA